CUUCUAGGGCAGUCUUCUGUUCCUCUCUCAAGGAAAAAGAUAAGUGUAGUUGGCUUAGCGUUUCUUCCAAAGCCAAAUUGAAUGGGCGUGAUCCUUCGGCGGCUGCUAUCUUGGCUGUUUACUUUUCGACUCCUAAGGCGCAGCGCUGUCCUCAUCACGUUACACCCACCCAGAGUGCGCCUCUGUCAGACUGAUCGGAUUGGUCCGAUUGGCGAUUCAGCGGGCUCUGCUCGUCGGAGCCAGAUUCCUGUGCAGUGCAAAUUAGAAUUUGCUAGAGGCGGGGCAUCUGGAUUUCCAGGAGAAGCAUCGCAUUCAGGAACACAUUAGACAGAAGAAACUCGAACUGGACCAAGAAAAACUGACACUUAAGCACCUAAAGGUUCACUUCACUCAUCUACGCUCAAACAUUGUUUCAAUUCUAUAAAGGGUCAGCACUAACACCAGAUGAGGUGUGUGCUAAAUCGUUUUCAUAGAUGGGUAUUAUCUCUUAUUAGCAUGAAUAAUCACUCUGUCCAUCUGUUUGUCCACAAAUGUGCAUAAUUCUUCUUCCUGUGACAUGACAGGCACUGUGGUUAUCAUUUACUGUUUGAUUACACUGACCAGCUGCUGUCAUAUGCACUCAUUCAGUGAAAUCAGAAUAUGAUCUGAGAAAAUGACAGCUGUUGGUGUAAACCUGAACUCCAUUUAAAGAGAUCUUAAUCCACAUGAUAGACCCCUGUGUUGUGUCCUUUAAAAUAAUCAGAAAAAAGCACUGAGAGAGCAGUGGCUCCUACAAGACUCUGCUUCCCACAAUGCAACAGACUCCCCACAGCAGCAGAGCAUUUUGUCUGACCUGCAGCACACCCGAGCACUGCAGCUCAACAUCCACAGGAUAGAGAAGGAGGUGGAGUGUCUGGAGAGAGAGGAGUCUAUGAUUUCUACCAAUGAGAGUUUCAUCCUCAACAGACUGAAGGCUGUGGAGAAAAGUCCAGGGGACAUUAUCAAGGAGGCUCAGGACAGCUUUUUUCCUGAGCCAUUACAGGUCACCACAGUGACCUGUCAUGUCCCAGAAUUCCUCUCUCCAACAGCCAACAAACACCCUGAACCAAGCACACAGAGAAAAACUCUGUUUGCCAUGGAGAUCAAUGUGACUAAAAACCAUCUGACUGGAAAGAGCACAGUUCAUUCAACAGUCCCUCCUGAGGAGAUAAACCAACACGCCGGCCUCAAGGUUUAUGAUGACGGCAGGAAGUGUGUUUAUGCCUUGAAUUCACAAGAGGAGUCACAUGAUCAGAGCUGUGUGUCUGAGCUGUCAGCCAACGAGGUGGAACAGCUGCUGAGAAGCGCCACAAUGCAUCGCCAAGUAAACCAAGCAAACUACCAUCAAAAUCACAUUGGAACAGAGGAGCAUUGUUUUUACAACCACUGCGAUGAGAGAGACAGAGCGGAGGGGUUUGACCUCAGAAAGCAGCAAGGUUAUUAUGGUAACCAUCUCAUCAGAAACAACAUUGCAGAGAAAGAUUGCACUCGCAGGGAAAACUGGCAGAGAAAACCAGAGGCAAACCAUGGCUAUGGUCACCAGGAAAGCCAUUACAGGUGGCAGAAAGGGAGAAAUAAUAACAAAAGCAACCUGAGCGAAGGUCAUCAGCUUGGAAGCCACAAGGGGCUGGGACAUCACUAUGGCAACCAGAAAGAUGGUCAUAGUUUGGACCAGGUGAGAAACUGUCACAGUGUUCAGGAAGACCAGCCUGCUAGCCACCACACCAGCAGCAUCAUCAGAAGCAACAGUCUGCUAAAUGGAGGCAGAGCCAAUGACUGCCCUCCUCCUAGAUCACAUGACCAGGAAGCAGUGUCUCCCUACCAAUCACAGCUCUGUUACACUCCAGCCAAUUAUAUUCCUCUUAGUGAUUAUGUCAGCGUGGAUGAAGAAGAACUUUAUUGCUACAGCCCACUCUCCUAUCACAGCAACCAUGGGAAACCACCCACUGCUCUAUACAGUGGCCCCACCCACUCUGACAGAGUACCCUCCCCCUUCUACGGAGACGAUACCCCUUACACCAUCCUCAAUGCCAUGGAGACCACUGAGCCAAUCACGGCCAUCUUCAUGGGCUUCCAGACAGCGCAGGAUGACAGUGGGCACAGUCAGGAGUUUGAGGGCUCCCUGAAGGCGGAGCUUGUCAUCAUUGAGGACAAUGAAGACAACAUUGACGACAACAGAAUGAAGGGGAAGCAGCGCCACAUCCAGCUUGUAGGAAACAGUUAUCAGACAGGAAGGUCAGCCAAUGGAAACAUGGGACGUGUGGAGGGAGUUGGAGACAGACGUAUGGACAGACGGGUGGGACCAGGUAUCAGAAAGAUCCAGAAAAAACACAAACCCUGCUGCACUGUCUGCUAACGGGACUAACUAAUGCAUGCCCGAGUGUCGAACUCAGUAACCAGCUGUAUCAGUCCGCUAACCUCAUGACUAACUGCAACCAACUGAGCUGCUGUAGCACACGUAUUGUUAACAGAAUUAAUAAUAAAGUUUAUUUGCAUAGCACUUUUCAAGACCAGCAUUUUAAAGUGCUUUAUGACAAACACAUAAAACACAACAAUACAAAAAACACAGUUAAUGUUCAACUGACCGGGCAAGUGUGUAGAAAGAGAGGAAUAAAUUGUUGAACAAUGGAUGAUUUAAAGUUGAUACGUGAAUAAAACCUAAACUAGAGCAGUGCAAGAUUUAGGUGCAACAUCAAGAGUAAUGUACAGUACAAUAAAGCCCCAUUUUUACCAAACACUUUCGGUAUAGUGUCUUUAGAACCAAAAGUAAUCCUUCAGACAUGGUACCCAGACCUUAUGUCUGUUAAGCCUUUACACCGCAAACAGUACUCUUAAAUGUGGGCAGUGUUGUUGUCACUCACUGCUCCGUCCAGCGCUCGCUGUAUUUCCUCAUCACCAGUGACACAGGGAAGUCUGCACCUCAUUUAUUGUCCACAGGACAGGGUCGCAUGCCACCAUUUUCAGAACAAAAUAGAACAGGCUGCAGUGAGAGUCUUUCUCUCUCUCUCUCUCUCUCUCUCUCUCUCUCUCUCGCUCUCUCUCACUCUCUGGGUUUGUGCAUUUAAUCCUUCUCAGGCAAACAUAGGGUUUUAGUGUUGCCAAAGCCCACAGGAACCAUGCUCUGUAACACUUUUUUUUUCCUCCAAUGAGGAUUAGAAUACAUGCAGUUCACAUAAUCCGGUCAAAAUUAA